AUGGCAAAUAUCAACACAUUCAACCAAGAUGCCAAUACAACUCAACAACGCCUGGCUCAGCUUCUGCAGGAGUUCAGCCAAACAGGCGGCAGUUCUACGUGCGACAUACUCACGCUACGGGACAGGUUCGCAGCGAUCGUGCCAUACGACGACCCUUACUUCCUGCAUAAGUUCUCAGAUUUCGGGCUCUCAGCCUGCGAAAUUGACCUCGAGCAAGGAAGGCAGACUUACCAAGUGGGAGGAGUCCUACCACCACCGCACUUUCCUUUGCAGUACACCCCCGCUUACAUCCUACCACCAGGCCUGCUCCAGGGCUAUGUGCAUCAAACACGCCAACUUUUCGAAAACCAGCAACAGCAAAACGAGCCACAGCAAAACGACGGACAAUUGCAACAACAGCAACAGCCCGCCCAACGUCCGCCCGGUCAGAACACGGCCAUCAAUGCCGUACACGCUCUUCGCAAGGAGAACAACCCGCUGGGACUACAAGAAGAGGACCUCGCGGAAGGAACAGACCCAGCAGCAGCGAGCUCAAAACGACGAAAAAGCAAGAGAAAGGAGUCCUCCUCUAGCAAACGACGCCGACGAGACGUCGGGUAUGUAUCAGACGACUCGAUCGCCUCAUCCGUCUCAAUCAGCAGCUCGACGGCAGAGUUGGCAAAAUCCCUACCUUUCGCAACAGACGAAGACGGUUCGGGCCCCACUAUUCCACCAAAAGCCCAAGAGUACCUCGACGCCAUCGGCACAUACAAAAAGUGCUCCUGCGCGGGUACUACUUAUGCCCAGCAAAAAUCCUCCGACCCGACGAAUACGACGCCAAGAAACUGCCCAGACCAACAGACAAUUUUGUCUCUGUCAGACAUCGUUUCCCCCUCGAAAGGGAAUGGCGAAGGGUUAUCGAAAUCAUCAGCAACGGCCUCAUCUUCGCUUUCCCAAAAGGAAAGUCAGAAAUCCGAGCGUACUUCACCCACGUCUUCGAAAUGGCGAACCUCUUUGCAAGCCAAGGCGACUGGUCACAUGUCGUUGACUAUGACGCCAGACUUAGGAUUACAAUCGCCACCAGACCAGCACUCACAUUCGGCGACUUCAACGGCUACGAACUCGCACACAUCAGGUCAAUGGCGACAACAGCAGGGUUUCAACCACAAACGCAGCAGUUCAGCCAUCAACCGAAUCUACCAGCUAGCUCGACCUCAGAUCCUACCCACCAACAAACCUCUUCGUAUACGGCAUCCUCAGGGUCCCAGGUGUUUCAGCGAGCAUCAUAUCCUAGCGCACCGAACGCAUCAGCCAACAAGGCGUUCUCAAACGGGAGCCGGCGACGACCCAAUCAGUCGUCGGCGCCAAAGGCCAUCUGGUCGGGCUGCAUCAAGCAGAACAAACAGCACCAAGCUGACAACAAAAAACAAAAAUUUGACCGCUCCUACACAGUUGCUAAAGGCACUCCGACAAAUCAGCAGAUUUGCGGUAGCUGGAACAAUGGGUUUUGUCCCGACCCCUGCAAAAACGGAAGGAUCCACAACCUUUGCAACGUCGUCGACUGCAAACAGUCGCACAUGCGUAAGCAACACUACGGCCAGACCCGAUGAUUGGCUCCAACCAAUAUCGACAUCGGUCUUUGACGAGCUCAACUCCGACCUCACUGACUCUCUAGCAGCAAACACAGCACAGAGGAAGUUUCGUAGAGGUCUGGAAUGGGACUGGACUCACCCACGAGGAUACUCAGCCGCCAUCAACGAUAGCCUGACAGCCAAACCGCUACCAGAUCCACCACCGCUGUCAAACGACCCAUGCGCCGCAUACGCCAUCAAACAGUACCCAGACAUCUUCAAAGUAGUAUGCCCAGUUGACGUCCGAAUGUUCUGCCACCUACUCAAAGACCAUCCGAACCGUCCAUUUGUCAAUUCGGUGGUUCGUGGGCUGGCACACGGAUUUUGGCCAUUAGCGGAACUCCCGAACAACAACAUCGUCGACCAUCCCAACCACUCAGUAUGCGACAAUCACCCGGAAGUACUAGAAGCAGCACUAGCCAAAGAAACGGCAGCAGGCAGGUACUCGCCAAGAAUUUACACGCUACUGCCAGGAAUGAAAGUAUCGCCGCUGCUUCUAGCCGCAAAAGCGGGAUCAUCAAAAUUACGACUGUGUACCGACAUGAGUUACGGUCAGCCCUCCCUGAACGACUUAGUAGACAAGGAAAAAGCAAGAGUUCAGUACGACUCACUUUCGUCUUUCGGGCCAUACAUGAGGCAAAUCCACGACGCAGUAUUGAAGCUCAUACUAUGGAAGACCGACGUAGCAAGAGCAUACAGAAACCUGGGAAUGCACCCCCAAUGGCAACUAAGACAAAUCGUGAAGAUUGGCGAGUUUUAUUACGCCGAUAGUACUAUGGAUCGCAAAGCAUCGCCUGAAAAUCAAUCGCAUCAAUAA